AUGGCGACAGCAACAUCGAAACACAAUCUCGCCGCUACUACGACGGUACCAGAGCUCCACAUCAAGAAUUUUGUAUGCUCUGCCAAUCUCGGCAUGCGAUUCGAUCUUACGAACCUUCUGGUCAAGUCUCAUCGACGGGCAGAGCUGGUGCCAAAGAAAAACUGCAUCUUGAUGAAAUUGCACAACCCCAAGGCCACGGCCAUGCUCUUCGGCAAUGGGAAGCUAGUCUGCACGGGCGCAGAGACGGAAGAAGCCAUUAAAAACGCGGCUCGUAGAUUUACGCAAGUGAUCCAGAAGAUGGACUUCCCAGGAGUUAAUCUCAUUGACUUCAAGAUCCAGAAUGUCGUGGGCACUUGCAACUUGGGAUUCCGAGUGCUAGUGGAGGCGCUUGCUUUUGCACACAGUGACUGCUGCACGUACGAGCCAGAGCUGUACCCAGCGCUGAUCUACCGCUUGGAGAAGCCGCAAGUGAAGGUGCUUGUGUUUGUGAGUGGGAAAGUGGUUUUUACGGAUUCAAAGGCGCCACAAGAUUUGGACGCUGCUUGUGAAACCAUCUUUCCAAUUCUUUGUCAAUUCAAGGACCCGAAGCCGAUCGGCUCUACUGGCAGUAACACAUUGUCGGAUUUUCAUUCGAAGACUGAUACUGAUGACGAGUCCCACCUUGACGACUAG